AUGAAUGGUUUUGGAAUUGAAAAUGUCUCUCGCCGAAUGUAUGUGGUGGGAAGACACAUGUUUGGGGACCUCACCUACUCAGUCGGGACGGUGAUACUUAGCUUUAUAUACAGGGAAAGGGAGCACAUUUAGCUCUAUCAUCCUUGCUAGGAACGGGACUGUAAAGAGCAUUUUUAACAACAUCCACCUGCUUAAGUACUGCCUCUUAAGCUCCCUUUUCUGGAAUAGACAAUGUCUUAAAGCAUCUCAUUAAUCGAUCAAAUUGAUUAUCCCAUUGUUAGUUCGUUUCGAUACGGUUCGCCGGAACGGAUAAGAAGCAACCCUACCGUGCUUUGUACGGCUCCUCACAACAAUUUAUGAGCCAAUCAUUUGUCCCUUGGUUCGAUAACCGAUGUCAUUCGAUUGACAGUCGAAUUCAGCCAAAAUUUCGAUCAGAUUUUCCAAUUCCCUUUCCUCCCUGCUCCCCCUGCGGGUCCAUCAAGAAAAUGGAAGGGAUUCCGUUUGAUUGAGUUAAGCUUUCGGGGGAAAUAAAUCACACCAAUAAAAGCAACCCAUCGUCCUCUGUUCUUUCGUUUAGCCAUCCUUUCUGGCAACUUACAAUCUAUGCAAACUUGUACCGAUAGGGCAUGUUUACUUUGGCCCCCACAACCUCACAAAACACGAAGGAAGGCACGCGCUUUUACUCCAACCUCUUUGCCGGCACGUGGUGCCUUGGAGAACCGAAGUUAUGCCGCCUCCUCAUCCUCCUUGGAUAGAGUUUUCGCGGGCAAAGACUCAACUGCUUUCUCCGGCCGAGACUUGGAACCAGUUUGAUUAGAGUGCUCGGCGAGGCAACAAUAUCGGCGUGUUUUGGUGUAGUUUAGUUGCGCUUUAAAGACACCAAGAAAAAAUGAUCGAAAUGAACGAGUUCUCCCGCUUGCUUCUACGGGAAGCCCGCAAAGAGUAUCAGCUUAUCUUGGGACGCUGCAAUGAUUUCGUGUCCUCCUCAGGGUUCGAGUAUGUUAUACAGCGUCCACCCCAGGCAAGGAUCUGCUUCGGAUCUAGCAUCGAACGGGAAGCGGUCCCGCUGCAAGGACCGGCCAUGAGUGCGCUGAUGCGUCGUCGACAACCGGAACUGUUGGGUGAAAAUCUAGCCCCCGGAUGUCACAACCUUAGCUACGAUGCGGGGACACCGGACGCACAUCCGGCACUACGGAAGCGGGUGAGUCGUAAAGGAUAUGGCCCACUGGCCGCUACCGGCGUGAGGUUCAACUUUGAGGAGGUGAGCAACAGUCCGGGCGUUGGGGAUUACGAAGUGGCGGGAAGGAAGCCAUCGAAAGCGAAACAGUCGGCUAAACCUUUCGGCAGUGGAACGGACGAUCGUACCAAGGAUCAUUCGCCGGCGUAUCCUGGCGUUGGAACGUACGUAUUCAAAACGCGCAAGGACAUCCGGAGUCAUUCGUUUGGUGGAACUAUUAAAAUUAUGCCCGCGGCAAGGACGAUCUGCAGGACGGAUAACUUUGAUCGCUGUCAGCGGUGUGACGAGCGGCCAGAGGUGGAUUACUGGAAGAAUCUUAGGACGGAACGAUGCCUAUGUAGGCGCUGCAUGGUGAAGGAGCUCGAGGAGGCGCGAUGUCACUCCAAGAGCAAGUCCGACCAGAAGAAGCGCGCCGAGACGCUCCAGGAGUACAAGCGUGUACGGCACUGUGCAUACUACCAUCGGCACGAUAAGACCAGCGCAGCGAUACAGUUCAUCAGCAACAAGCAGUUGAAGCGCAAGUUCCGGUUGGAAAAUUACCUUUCGAUGUUUGAAUAGAUUCCGGUUGAGCUCACCACCAAA